CGGUGUUAUGAUGCUCGAGAACGAUAUCGGGUGUAACCUCACGACUUGUAGAAGUUUUAUUAUUUUUCAAGCUACGUGGAUAUUUGUGGAACAGAGUCGAGAUCGAUCGGAAUUGCACAGAACGUCUCGCAGUGAUGUUCAGUGAAGGUGAAGAGGUACUUGCCAAGUUGCCGAAUACUUCUGAAUAUUAUAAAGGGAGGAUUCUCAAUGUUAAAGGUGAUCAGUACAAGAUCAAAUUCGAAACCGGUGCUCAGCAUACAGUCAGUGAAAUGGAUAUUAAGGUUGAAAGGAGAGGGAGGACUCCAACUAGAAUAAGCAACAGGAUAGCUGGGAAGAGUCCUAUGAGACAAAGAUAUUCUCCCAGCAGGAAGUCCCCAAGUAAGCGAUCGCCUGCCAGACAGUCGAUGUACACACCGACUAAGAAAUUGCCUGUUCGUAAUACACGUCUUGCAAAAGUAUCUCUGUCACGUAUAGAUAUCGAAAGUGAUAAUAUAAAUAAUCACAAAACAGAAAGCGAUAUGAAAAAAAUUGACGAGAGCCCGACUGAAACAAUGCCUCUGCAACAACGUUUAGAUGAAAUCAGAACUACACUGAUGCGUAGAGCACGAAUGUCGAGCGUGACGAAAAUUGAGAAAGAGCGUACACCAAUUGUAUUGGUCAGAGAUAUUGACAGAGCUGCUUCGCUUCCAAUAGAGAGAAAAAGUUAUUUAUUCGAUUAUUCUCUAGCUGAACGAGGAAGAGGAUAUUCUAUGCAGCGAGAUAAAUUUCAGGAUCUGACAAAAGUUCCGCUACCACAGGAAAGUAGAGAAGAGAAACGAGUGACCUCGAUACCAGUAAACCGCGAUAAAGGAAUAAUCAGAAUUGAUCAACCUCAGGAAUGGGGUGGUUGGAUUGGGACGUCUUUCCUCAUAUUUUUAUUGCCGAUAUCCAUAAUUCUGCCGCAAUUUCUAUGCUGGAAAGGACUAUGUCAAUCUGAUCGUGUACAAUUUUCUACCGACUGGAGGGCUUACAUAAAUUUGCAUGGAUUUUUAACUUAUAUUGUAUAUCUAACAGUAUUGGCUUGCGUCUCGGUUGUACCGAUUGGAAAGAACGUGGACGGGCAACAGAGUAAAAUCGGAAAAUUGCAAUAUCGCAUAAAUGGAUUCGUAAGUGCUACUUUAGCAGUAGUAUUAUUCGGUUUAUGUGUAUAUAAGAAUGUUCCAAUCUCUGAUUAUAUUUUGGAAAAUUCCCUACAAUUGGCAAUCAGUGGCUGGCUUAUUGGGACAAUUUUAGCCUUGGGAUUGUAUGUUAAGGCAGAGAGAGCUUCAAUAGCUAACCUAAAUAUAUACGCGUCAACCAAUAGCAAAAUAUAUAACUUUUGGCAAGGCAAAGAAAUUAAUCCACGAAUUGGUAUUUUGGACGUCAAGUUGCUGUUGAUACGAGCUUCUCUCAUAGGCACGUUGAUUAUGAACAUAGCCAUUGCCACUAAAGCUAUCGGCAACGUGAGGACUUUAAAUAUCGAACAACUUGAUGUAUCUACGUUGUUAGUGAUCUCCUUGCAGCUUUUCUACAUUCUAGAUGGAUUGAUAUACGAAGCCACUAUCUUUACGUCCUUUGCGGUAAUGUACGAGGGAACUGGAUACAUGACGUGCGUUAGCCACUUGCUAUAUCCGUUCUUGCCAACUCUCACGACGAAAUUUAUGUUGUAUCACAAAUUACAAUUUAAUUACUACAUGGGCAUAUUCGUUUUAAUUUUCAUAAUGGGAUAUAUGUUAUACAGAAGUAGUAAUUCACGGAAAGAUGAGUUCAGGAAAAAUCCUGUCUCCCCGACAGUGCCUUACUUGGAAACUAUCCCAACAUCACGUGGGAAGAAGCUCAUGCUGUCCGGUCUGUGGGGUUACGUCAGACAUCCAAAUUAUUUAGGUGACAUCAUGAUGCAGUGGUCCAUUGCGGGUAUCAGUUUAGCGAUCGACCUUCUACCGUAUUACGCGGCUAUCUGUUGCACAUUAACGUUGGCUUAUAGAGCCGUGAGAGACAACAGACGUUGUCAAACACGUUACGGAUACGCAUGGGAGGAAUAUUGCUCGCGCGUAAAGUACAUGAUUUUAAAGUGCGUGUUUUAAAGCAAUAAAGGCGCAACAUUUUUAAGCACCAAAUUCCAUAUCAUAAAGAGAUGCUCAGUAUAUCUUAUAAGAAUUUUAAAUCAUAUACUUCAUGAUAUUUUUUCAUUAUAAGAUUAUGGCAAUGUAUAGUAACAUAUAGUAUAUUUUAAAUUCUUUAUCUACAUAUAAGAUCGGACAUGACAAGAUUGAGAUUAUGAACCAAAAGUAUUUUAUUGAUAUUGAAAAAUUUCAUUAGAUUAAGAUUAUAGGAUAAAACUUUUUAUGGACGACAAUAUUAAAGCAUGUAGAACACGUGUAGAACACGUUGCUGCAUAUUUUAAUGAAAUAAUAAAAUGUUUGUAACAUUAUAUUAGCAUCUUUUUAUAUUUAAAAUAUAUAUAUAGCUUUUAAGACACGUGCCUGUAAUAUGGAGCACUGAAAUGUGAAAAUACAAAUUAAUUAAGAAAUUUUA